UCCACAGCCAACAGUUUCCUCCGGUUGACCACAGAGCGAGCACUCCAGUACCAUAAAUCUUCUUCAAAAGAACCAUAUUCAGUAUGAAGACCGCCAUUGCCAUCCUGCUGUGCGCCCUUCUGGGCCUGGCCUCCGCCACCGAGUACAAGCUGCGCACUCCCGAGGAUCUGCAGGCCGCUCGCAAGGAGUGCGGUGCCAGCAGCAAAGUGACCGAGGCGUUGAUCGCCAAAUACAAGGCACUGGACUAUCCUGAUGAUGAGAUUACCCGCAACUACAUCAAGUGCAUCUUCGUCAAGUUCGAUCUGUUCGAGGACACCAAGGGCUUCAAGGUGGAGAAUCUGGUGUCGCAGCUGGGCCAGGGCAAGGAGGACAAGACCGCGCUGAAGGCCGACAUCGAGAAGUGCGCCGACAAGAACGAGCAGAAGUCCCCUGCCAAUGUCUGGGUCUACCGUGGCUUCAAGUGCUUCCUGACCAAGAACCUGCCCCUGGUCCAGGCCGCCGUCCAGAAGAACAACUAAGCAGAUACGCAGCCCAGCACUUUGCACUCAAUUCUAGAACCGCGACAGAAGAACAUAUGCCAUCGAACGAGGCAGCAUUUUCCGGUUGGGAAUGCCCUCCUUGGCUCAGCAUUCCUACAAUUGAAAUAAAAACCAUAUAAUAGUGCUUGAAAAAGGAAAA